AUGGACACAUUGCCGUCAGAGAUCAUCACUCGAAUACUGGAAUACUUGCCAUUUGAUGAUCGACGAGAACUGGCUAGAGUCAAUAAAUUGUUUUAUCAUGCUUCAUGUCACCCAGUAUUCUUAAGAAAAGAGUUACUUAAUUAUGAGUCAUAUUAUGAUGCCAGUCGGAAUAGCUUUAACGCUUUUGAAAAUAUGUUGUUGCAAUCAAGAAGAAAAUUGUUAUGUUUGAAAUUUUUUCAUACAGCUUAUAUAGAAGAGUUUACCAUUUUCACAAACUUAGGGAAUCGCAUUAUAUCACUAAGUUUAAAUAAUUUUGAUUCGCUAAAUGAUUUAUUUCUAGAUGCUAUUACACAAUGCUGUAGUAAUCUCGAAAAAUUAGAACUUAUAAAUGUGCUGAAUUUCCAUUUAACUGAUAAUGACCGUAAACCAAUACUCAAAUUGUGCAGUAUAACUUUAGAUAGAGUUAGAUUAUUUGAUAGAGAGUUUAAUUUAAUUAUGAAACUUGCUCCAAAUUUAAAAGAUUUAAGUAUUCUUGGUUGUAAUUUAAUUGGUUCAAGUGCAAUCAUAAAAAGGUUUUAUCCCCACAACAGUAAUCAUAUUGAUUGUUCAUUUUCCAAGUAUAAUUCAAAUCAUAUUUUUUCGGAGGAUAAUAUUGUACACCAUUUAAAUAAUUUUGUUCGCUUAAAUAGCCUUAAAUUAAAUUGUGGUGUUAGUAUAUUUUAUCGGAUUCAACCCAUACAACUUGAAAUUAAAUCAUUGUCGUUGAAUUUUGAUCAAACAAUUUACAGUGAUUUCAUUGACUAUAAAAAGUUAAAUUUAGUAUUAAAUCAAUAUGUAUUUUUAGAACAAUUAAAAAUAAUUAGCUUACCUAUUUGUAUGUUAUCAAUUAUAUCUAAUUUAUAUAAUCUUAGACACUUAACAUUAAGUUAUAGUGCUCAUGAAUCGAAUUACUCAGUUUCUGGUGAUUACAUUAAAUCAUUUGUGGAAUCGUUAAAAAAUCUGAAAUAUUUAAGGACAUUAUCAUUUAAUAGAGGUUUUGAUUUGAUUAAUCAUCUUGAACUUCCAAUAUAUCCGUUUCUGGAAUGCACGCUGAAGUCUCUUACAUCAUUAGACUGUUCUCUUGAUUCAAAUCUAGAAGUACUAAAAUUUGGUACAAAUUUAACAAAUUUACGAAUAAGAAAUGGUGGUAUUCUUAAAGUCGAAGAUUUACAACUAUUAUUCAGAAAUUUCACUUAUUUAAAGCAUUUGUGGAUUGAAAAUUGUUCUGUAUUAAAUGAUGAAAUUUUCAUUAAACUGCCAAUAUCUAAUCUGAAAGAGUUGAUUACUUUAAAGAUAAUACCAUCAAAUAUUUCACACCGAUGCUUGCAACACAUUACAAAUUCAAGAUUAAAAGUUUUGACACUCACUAAUAUGUCAUUAGAACCGUGUUCGACACAGGCAGAAUUAAAUGAAUUCAAACACAGUGUAGAAAUGUUGAGUCGUGCUGUUCCUAAGUUAACUGAACUUAAUAUUGGUCCACAUAGCAUGAGUAUGAAGACAAUUGGUGAAUCAUUAGAUGUUACAAAUUAUUAUAAGAAUAGUUUUAAGGCAUCACUGACAACAUAUUUUAAGUGGCUGAAGGUUAUGAAACUUUGGUAA